AUUGUGUUUGUUUAAUUAAGAUUUGUUUGAAAUAUCUAAGAAAGUAAAGUACCGAUAUAACGAUGAUCCGAAGCGUUAGUCAGCCCUCCCUGGGAACAACUGCGACAUUUCCUCAAAGUAUUCAGAACAAAACCAAUGCGACAAGUGUUCCACAGUCGUACAGAGGACAACGCAUGUGGGAAGGGCGUCUUGGAGUCAUAACAAGAAACCUGGUUCUUCUGCCAUAUUCAUCUUGGUGGCAAUUGUGUAUCAUCACUCAUGUGAUCUACAAAUUCAUUGUUCACUUUCUGCUCGGCUACCAUCUGAUAAAACAGAAUCAGUUCUGGAUCGCCACUUUGUACAUGAGCGAAGUAGUUUUCUAUGUGGACGCGAUAGUCAUGUUGUUGCACCAAUUUUGGCCACUCCUGCGCAUACAUGUACGGGUGUGUCGACAGAAUUACAUGCUCCAGGCAUUUGAUCUGGUGUCGCUUGUCCCGAUUUAUACGAUUGGCACCUGUUUAAAAAUAGAAACUAUGGCUCUGGUGGGGAGGUGGUUAAAGAUUGGCAGAAUAUACAGACUUAUUGGAUAUUUUUACAACAUUAACAAUACGAUGCGUCAAAGCCGCGUAUUACUAUAUUUCGUGGAGCACGUCCUAGUAGUGGUCCUAGUGCUGCACGGCUUCACCUGCAUCUGGUACGGUCUGAACAGGGAGGAGGAAGACGACAAAGAGUGGUACAAGCUGGGGUACCCAGAGUUUCUCACCCAGCAGAAAAUUAAGUUCGAUACCUACUUAAAGUGUUGGUACUACUGUUCCUGCCGUAUUUUCAACUGCAUAUUCGGCGACUCUUUUCCCAUAACGCCGAUCCAGAAAAUAUUUACAACAUUCAUGAUGUUGUUCGGGUUUGUUUUCGUGCGUUUUCGGUUCAUCGGCUUCCUCGCUUGGGAGUUAAUUCUGCGGAUGCGACGCUGGUCGAAGUUCUUGGAGCAGUAUCACCACGUCGUAAACUACCUCAAGAGCCACAACGCACCCCAGACACUAGUUGAGCAGACGAAGCUGUAUAAGCAACAUUUAUGGAGCAUGAAGGACGGCAUCCGAAGCACCGAAUACCUCAAGAAGUUCCCCCAGCCGCUACAAAUGGAGCUCAUCUUUGAUAUAAACGUUGGGCAUUUCCACGACUCUCUCCUUUUAAAGGAUACUGGUGAAGCCUUUAUGCGUCACAUCUCCCUACUCAUGAAGCAUGAGCUAUACAUGGCUGGGCAGCACGUGUGGAGCCAGGGGGUGGUGAAGAGCGGGCUGGUCUGCAUCAGGAGUGGUGUAUUGGAACUGCUGUCAGAGGAAGAUGAUGAGAGCCCUGUAAUAGCGUUCAAGGAGGGCACUGUACUCGGCGAAGUGAGUUUAUUUUAUUCCAUUCCAUCAAAGGUAACAGUCAAAGCGGCCACGUACGUCGAGCUGCAGGUUCUUCAGCGUACGGACUUCAUGCUGGCUAUGUCGGAGCACCCUCAGAUACUGCGGACAAUACGGGCGGCGGUGGAGGCCCGGAUAGCCGGCGCAAAAAGCAGAGAGGAGGCUAUUCAUAAAUACGAGAAAAAUGACUUGAGACAGCUCCGCACUCGGUACCGGCCCAUGAAAACCCUGAAAGACCACUUGAACGGCGUCGAAGAUGAGGACACAGUUUUUGUUGACGAUUCCCACAUGUACUAUAAAGAUGAGAACAACAAGCGUCAACCGAAAUUCACAACAGAAUAUCUGGAGCUAUACAAAAUAUCAGAGAAUGUAUCCGCCAUAGACACACCCAAGAUCUGUCUGAAAGGAACCUUUCCGUGGAUCCUAGAACCUAACACGACUCUGACAUCCAUGUGGGAGGUGUGUCACUUCGCCACAGUGUUACACAUCUGCGUGUUCUCCCCGCUGACCACUAUAAGCGAUGCGCGCGCGCACUGGCAGGAGGUUUUCGACGCGUUACUUUAUACGGUGCUGGUGAUCAACGUGUAUGUACAGCUUACCACGGCUGUUGUUAAAAAGAAUGUGAGGAAAGAAACAACAAAAGAGAUCGUUCAGGAUAAGAUGGCGUCAUUUGGAUUUUACGUUGACGUCAUAUCUAUAUUCCCUUUCUACGUCUUCACUGACACUCUGGACCCUGACAGGCACUGGCAAUUGACGAAACUGGCAAUAAUGCUGCCGAUGCUACAAGCUUGGCACCUUUGGGAUUAUUUUGACAAGUGGCAGGAUAUCUUCGAGACACACGUCAAGCUUCUAUGCUUCUUGAAAUACACUUUAGUAUUCUGUUUACUGUGCCACUGGUCCGGGUGUUUCCUGUACAUCAUCGCAUGUCCGAACAACGUGUGUCUCGAGAAAUCUUGGUUCGACACAAUAAUCCUAUGGGAGACGAAGCUACGCGUGGCGUUGGAACCGAUGCACGAGCGACCGAUUCACACAUCGCUCUUGUUCGGGACGCUCACAUUGACCGCGACAGGGGGCACACAGAUACCGCCCGGCAAGAGAGACUACAUGCUGGUUAUAAUCAUAGUGGCGAUUGGGGUAUUCCUUGCAUCUUUCUAUAUCGCCAAUAUUUGCAGCCACUACUUUCUUGCAAGCAAACGAAAGUUGGCGUUUAAGGAUUCAAUGAGAGAACUAUUCUAUUUCCUGUCCGUGAAUCGCGUGAGCUCAAAAAUUAAAACACGGGUGGAGAACUUCUUUUGUGUUCAAUGGUACUACAACGAAGCGGUCUCCACCGAGGAAAUAUUCGAGACGAUGUCGUCAAGUAUACAGCGGGAGAUCAUGUCGGUGGAUAUGAUCGAGACACUGGUUCGGUGUCCCAUGUUCCAGAAUUGCAGCAAAGACUUCUUACAAACAGUGGCGUCCCACUCCCGAAUCAUCGUCCUACCACAGUACGAAAUCGUCCAACACGCCGGCGACAUAGGACGCGAUAUGUACGUCGUUAAAAUGGGCCACUGCAUGAAACUGGAUCACACCGGGCAUGUUUUGCCUGAACAAGUGGUACCGGGUGACAGCAUUGGCACCCUCGAGAUGCUGUAUGGAUUACCUAAAGUCCAUACAGUGAAGACGACCACCAACUGUAUACUAGUACAUGUGGAAUACACCGCGUUAAUACAGUCCUGGGGUCUUUUCCCUAACAUCAGGCAGCCUAUUUUUGACGUCCUCGAAGAUCCUGAAAUUCUCGAACGAGCGAUGGCUUAUGAAAAUGGCAAACCGCUGGUUGGCCACAUCGACGCUAAAAGGAAUAGAAUUGCGAAAGAAAUAAAAGAAAGUGUAAUAUUCAUAAGCAAUAAAGAAUACCUGGAACCGUUCGAGAAGCUUGGUGUGCUCAAGUACUUGAAAUACUUCUUCGUCCGAGCUAGUAUUACGCCACACGGUCUGUUCCUGAAGUUCUGGUGUGUACUACGGCUGAUCGUAGCGUUGUACUAUGUCACCAUGUUGCCUUAUAAGGUCUCAACGAAACAGUCAAAAUGGCACGCGGCUUACCACUACACGGACAUAUAUCUGUACGUGGACAUGGUGGUGAUGUCUUACGUCGCGUACUACGACGACAAGUCACUCCUGGUGACGCAUCCGCUGCUCACCUUCACAAACUACGUCAAGCACGGCUUCCUCCUGGACCUCGUCAGUGUCUUCCCGAUUGAGGAGUUUUGUAAAGUUAUUACCGAGACGGGCUCCACUGAUAUAUACAGGGCGAAUCGAAUACUUUUGGUGAUACGUAUAAUUAACGCUCUAACCUACUACGAGGGUGACAUAAUGCGGCAGAACCAGGAAGUCGUCCUGCUGAAGUUCCUGCCUGCGGCCCUGGUAGUUGUCAACGUGGCCACGGCGCUGGUGGUCGCACAUGACUGUGCACCGCAUGAUAUUACUGACGCCUACGUCAGACUCAACUGUACUAGGAACCCAGCUGGCUCGCAUGCUGAUGGCCAUAGUGGACUCACGUAUGCAAUGACAGAGUACAUACGGACUUUCUUCUGGAUAUUCGAAGUAUUUGUUGGCUGUGGCUGCUCGGCCACUACGGCGGCGUCCACGUACGCGUGUAGUGUGAGGAUGGCGGUGUCGGUGCUGGGCGCGCUGUACGCUGCGUUCAUGUUCGGCUACGUCACCUCCACGCGCGCCGCCGCAUCGCACGCGCUGCUCGAGCACAAUGAAAAAACAAAAGACUUGGAAAACUUUCUAUAUCAAGAGAACGUCGAUCCGGAACUGACUGUGAAGACGUUAAACUACUUCAAGUACGUGUGGAAGAGAACACACGGCAGCGAUGCACAGAGAAUCUGCCGUCUCCUCAACUCAGCUCUGAUGGAAGACACCUUAGUGUUCAUGUACGAGCGAGCCCUGCGAGAAGUGCCCUUAUUCGGCAAAAUAGAACGCUCCUUCAUAAGGGUGGUGACGCAACAUCUGCACGAAAUGUAUUUCCUAAAAGGGGAGACGGUGGUCCAGUACAAGGACAUACAGACGUACAUCUAUAUUAUAUAUCGAGGGAAGGUAGAUGUUUUGAGUUCAUACAACGAAAUGCUCACGUGCAUGGGACCGGGAGGAAUGUUUGGUAACUUCACAGGGAAACCCAUAUCAUGCUCCGAAGUGGCGAUAUAUGCCAGCCGCAGUCUGGAUCUGCUAGUUAUACCGUCGCAGUCCUUCUUCAGCCUCAUCAAGUUCUAUCCCAAGGUCCAGGAUUUGCUCAACAAGGCACUGGAGACGUCUGGUGACUAUAUUCUGCCCAUCACCAUGGAUGAUGGUGAUGAUGAUUCUUCAGACGAUAACAUGGACAUAGCUUCAGUGGACUCAGACUUCGACUGCAAGAGUUCUAUCAGCACAUUGGCAACGGGAUCAAUCAGUGUCUCCCAAUCUCGGAGCAAUCUCAGCCAGGCGAAGUCGUUCGCAAGUGUUCUAACUUUUAACAACGUUGCCCUAGUCAACUUGAAGAGACCUGGCUCUCUGAUGUAUCAGAUCCAAGGCUACAUAACAUGUGUGAUGGCGACGCUAAAUGUGAUGACGGUGUCGUACGAAAUGGUGACGCUGAACGACUGUGGCGCGCUGUUCUGGCUGCAGGCGGUAUUCGACCUGUGCUUUUAUGUGCGACUGUACUUGAUUGUGCACGAGGGCUACAUAAACAGACACGGGGACUUAAUCCUGGACAGCGCGCGAUGCCGGCGACGGUACUUCAAACACAAGCUGUGGGUGUACUCAGAUUUCAUAGUCAAUGUGCCUCUGGAGCUCUUUGGACUGUUUUUUGAAGAACCGUUGUACGCGAUGCACUUCUUCAGGGCGAACAAGUUGUUGAGAUUGAAAUAUCUAAUACAAUUUUAUCGUGCCUCCUCUAAGGAGCUCACUAACAACCUGACUGUUCUACAGACAGUAACGACAGGUCUAGUGAUGGUGCUGACGAUCCACACGCUGGCGUGCUGCUGGCUGCUGGCGCUCAUCUCCUCCGACCCCAUGUGCCUCAUCCGACCCGCUAAGAUGCAUCUCGUUGACACUGACACCCCUACCCGUCUCUGGGACUACUCCACAUCUCUGUACGUGGUCGUCUCAGAACUAACCACGACGGGCGGCGACGAAUACUACAACAAGUCCAUACUAUCAGUGAUCAUACUCGCAAUAUGUCUCGUACUCGGCAAGAUUCUAGCGUCCGUUGUCGUCGCUAUAUCAAUGCAGAUAUCGCAUUUCACGAAAUACGCCCUAAAUGUGUACGAAAAGGAAACGCUUGAAGUGAUCGACUAUUUGAAGAAUCAGGGGCUGUCACAGUAUCAAUAUAACAAGUUUUGGAAGUAUAUCCAGCAGCUCUGGAAGAGCGAACGUGGUAGACAGCUCCCUGAGCUAAUACAACAAAUCCCGUACGUCCUGCGUUGCGAUGUGAUGUCGGCGCUGUUCGGCCACCACCUGCGGAACUGCUACCUGUUCUCCGACACCAGCCAGCACUUCCUUCGCCAGCUCGCUGUGCUCCUCGACUAUAAUGUCUUCUUUCCAGGCAACUACAUAGUAGUUUCGGGCGACAGCGAGGCCCGCAUGUACUGGGUGGCGUCGGGCGUGGUGUCGGUCGUGUCGGUCCGCUCCGACCUGACGGAGACCACACACGAGCUGCUGCACGCCGGGGAUCUGUUCGGAAUUGUGCAGGGCCUGAACAAGGGCAUACCGCAUCACUUCUCGUAUAGAGCGGAGACUCAGGUGGGAAUAAUAUCACUAAGUUCAGAUUCCUGGCUGAACAUCCUACCACACUUCCCCGAGGUCAAAGCGUUGAUAUCAUUAAAAUCAGAAGUCUUGUUCUCUAAGAUUUAAUGUAGAAUUAAUUAUGAUUUGCAUGUUAUUAUUUAGUGUUUUAGA